AUGUGCAACACAAAUUCGCGACUCGACGGAAAGACCGUAGUUAUCACUGGAGGAAGCUCUGGCAUAGGUUUCGAAGCGGCUAAGCAUAUCGCACACAAAGGAGCUAAAGUUAUAAUAGCUAGUAGAAACGAAACAAAACUUAUCCGAGCCAGAGAUCGAAUACAGCAAGUAACGAAAAACCCAAACGUUUCUUAUAAAUUGUUGGACCUAGCCUCUCUUAAAUCAGUGCGAAAUUUCGCUAGCGAUAUACAGAGUGAAGAUAAACUGGACGUGUUAAUAAAUAAUGCGGGUGCUGUUGGAUUAUCUGAUCGCUUAACUGAAGACGGACUAAACCUAACUAUGCAAGUGAAUUAUUUCGGCUCGUUUCUAUUAACGUACCUUCUGCUGCCUUUGUUGACUAAAUCAGCACCGAGUAGGAUUAUUAACAGUUCAGCGUCAUCAAUGUAUGUUGGACAUUUGGAUUAUGAUCAUUGGAAUGAUAUUGGACGGUACUCCGCAGUAGAAGUGUUGGCGAACUCCAAAUUAGCGGUAGCCUUAUUCACGGCAGAAUUAGACAAUAUAUUGAAGGAUACUGGAGUGACGGCAAACACAUUUGAUCCAUUUGUCGUUCGUGAUACAGAUAUAUUGGACAACGUACCAGAAUUGGUUCGAAACGUGUCGCAAAUAUUUGUAAAUUUAGUUGGGCAGCCCAAGGAGGAUGUUGCGAAAGAAAUAUUGUUCCUAGCGGCUGACCCAGAGAUUGGUAGAAUUAGCGGUGUGCAUUACAAAUUUUGCCGAGAGUGGAUAAAUCACUGGCUGACUUACGAUACUGAGAUAACUAAGGACUUGUGGAAUCAGACAAGGAAAAUUUUAAAUAUCACAGCCAACUUGGAUUGGGAAUAG